AUGAUAGCACUCAAGAUGCUUGAGAAGCGUCCCUGGAUGAGUUCAGACGCUCAAUUGGCCGUAUCUCAUCCAGCAUCUAGAACCUUGACGCUUGUGCUGCUCAAAAAAGGUGGGAAACUCAACCGUGAUCAGAAAUGGCGGGGCUUCCAUUUCCCCCAUCCUCAGCACCGGCGUAUUUUCUGCCGAAAGCGUGGCUGCUUCCAGAAAAAUCCACCUUCCAGAAAAAACAUCGUCAACCAGAACUGCAUGAAUUGCAACGUCGCAACAGAUCCAGUCUAA